AUGGGCCGGGCUGCACGGAUCGAGGAGUGGGGUGCAGCGGGCGCGCGGCAACGUGGGUCGGACGACGCCAAGGUGUCUCGUACGCGUUCCAGCAGUACGGCGGGACGUGUUGGACCACGGCGUCCUUCUGAGCCAGCGGCCGUGGCUGCGGGCAACUGGAAUGAGUUGGUGGCGUUGUCGCCACAGGUGCUUCUUGAUCGGCUCACCAAAGGUGUGGAGAAAGGUCGCUCCUGGCUGGGCACGCAGAUGGAGGGCCCUCCACUUGCCGAGCGGCCGAAAAAGUCCAAGGAGUGGCACCGGGUCCUAUUGCUUGCCUUCACAAGCGGUUGGGCCCAGGAAGCCUUCUUUCUGAUCAGCCCCUUAGCGCUCACGACGAGAGGGGCUGUCAGCCCCUAUGCCCUGCAAGGUCCCGAGCGCUACGGACCUUGCACCGCCUGA